AUGAAGAAACGUUCUACAAGUUUAAGAGUGCGUCUUCCUGCUCUUGUUUUGACCCUGGAAGUCAUUAUAAUCAUCCUGUAUGUGUUCUUUGUGACCUACGAUGAUCACGCCAAUGCACUCAUGCAGAACAACAUGACAAAUCCUAUGGAGAAUGCCGUGUACCAGGACUAUCCGUUUUUUGCUGAUAUCCAGGUGAUGAUUUUUAUAGGCUUCGGCUGCCUCCUGGCAUUCUUCCGACGAUACGGAUUUGGAGGAAUGGUUUUUAACUUUUUGACUGCUACUUUUGCUAUUCAGUGGGCAAUUUUAGUCCAGGGCUUCUUCCAUUUUUAUUACGAUGGAAAGAUUCAUCUGGGGGUGCUGAACCUGAUUAAUGCUGAGUUUGCUUGUGCUGUUGUGUUGAUCUCAUUCGGAGCCGUGCUGGGAAAGACCAGUCCAGUGCAACUAUUGGUCAUGGCCUUGCUGGAGAUUCCCAUAUUUGGUGCUACAGAAUGGAUGGUGGUUGAACAUCUGAAGAUCAACGACGCCGGUGGCUCCAUUCUCAUCCACCUGUUUGCCUGCUACUUCGGUCUGGGUGUCACCUUCAUCCUGUACAGGCCGAGCCUCAAUGAGGGCCAUUCCAAUGAGAGCACCAGCUAUCAGUCAGACAUGCUAUCUGUGCUCGGUACGCUGUUCCUUUGGGUAUUCUGGCCCUCUUUCAACUGUGCCCUGGCCCUCAGGGGGGACGACCAGCACAGAGCUAUUCUUCAUACCUUCAUUGGCUUAAGUGCCUCCACACUGACUGCUUUUGCCCUGUCUGCCAUGCUUAGCAAAAACGGCAAGCUCAGCAUGGCUGAUGUCCAGAAUGUCACCUUGGCAGGUGGGGUCACCGUCGGUGCCUCGGUGGACAUGAUGAUCUCACCAGCUGCUGCGUAUUUUCUAGGGAUGUUGGGCUGCACGGCUUGCAUGCUGGGAUAUAAGUACCUUAGCCCUUUCCUGGCACGAAGACUGCGUAUACAGGACCAGUGUGGCAUUCACAACCUUCAUGGCCUUACUGGGCUGAUCUCAACUAUAGCUGGCAUUUGUGCCAUCUUGCUAGCCAGUGAGGACAAAUAUGGCCCAAGCCUCUAUCAGACAUUUUCUUAUCGAGCACCACAGGAAGGAGACACCCGGUUAGGGGAAUUGCAGGCAUUGAUUCCGGGACUGGAGGCAGGUCUGGGGCGCAGUGCACAGGAGCAGGCCUUAUACCAAGCCAUUGCACUAGGAAGUACCAUCGUGAUAGCGGCAGUGGGGGGCGUUCUGACCGGACUGGUGCUCAAAUUACCACAUCUAGCUUCUCCUAAGGAUGAGCUCUGCUUUGAUGAUGAACCCUUUUUUAAUAUUCCUUCAGAACAGGUUUCCUUAACCACCAAGUGA